AUGGGUGCUGUCUGCUGUCGACCGCAGCCAAUCGAUUUCGAUGGCGAAGUCAACCUCUUCCACUUUGUCCUCCUCAGAUGUGUCGGGAAAGGUGCCUUUGGAAAGGUUCGCGUCGUCCAGCACAAACAGACCAAGGACCUCUACGCCCUCAAGUACAUCAACAAGUCAAAAUGCGUGAAAAUGAAGGCAGUUCCCAACGUUAUCCAAGAGCGCCGUCUGCUCGAAGAGGCGAGUCCAAAUCCCCAACUCCCCUUUUGGACUGCCCUCGCUGACCGCGGCCCCGACGACGAGAACUGUUUCUUUGUCCUUGACCUCAUGCUUGGUGGCGACCUCCGCUUCCAUCUUGAACGGCUAGGCAGCAUGUCAGAGGACACUGUACGGUUUUAUGUCGCCCAGCUCUCCUCUGCACUCGCUUAUCUCCAUGAAAUGGGCAUCAUGCAUCGGGACAUCAAACCCGACAACAUUCUUCUUGACGAGAGAGGCAACGCUCACUUGACAGAUUUCAACAUUGCUGUUCACUUUGGAGAACGUCGACUGACGGGAGUCGCAGGUUCCAUGGCUUACAUGGCCCCCGAAAUCCUUACCAAACGAGGCUACACUUGCUACAUCGACUGGUGGUCACUAGGUGUUUGCGCCUACGAACUCAUCUUCGGCAGACGUCCAUUCCGAGGUCGCACAAACAGCGACCUGACUUACAGCAUCUCAAAGGACCCACUCAAAUGGCCGGAGGACGCGGAGAAAAAGUGCAGUCGGGCUGGGAUGCAGGUUCUGAGAGGAUUCCUCGAACGUGAUCCUUCCAAACGCCUGGGCUGCAAACCGGACGGCGAAGGCUUCCAGGAAUUGAAACGACAUCCUUGGAUGAAACCCAUCGAUUGGGACACGCUCGAGACCAAGGAGCAACUACCGCCAUUCACCCCAGACCAAAAGAAAGCCAACUUUGACGCUUCGCACGAGCUUGAGGAGCUCCUCCUCGAGGAUAACCCUCUCAAGGCGAAGGCGCGAAAAGCAAAUCAAGAUAACCUGAGCGCCGAGAUGCGUCAGAUGGAGGAACAGUUCACUUCCUACGACUUCAAGAAAAUGCAACGCCGAUCAUAUUAUCCCCACAAUCAACAUCUGAUUUCCACGGCGACCGCAACAUCGUCCGGUCUCGCCUCGUCACGUCCAGCAACGCCAGCGAACGACCUCAGAGUUGAUGCAGUCACUAUCAACAAUGGAAACGCACAAGAAUACCAAGGUCAUGAAGAUUCGAUACGAGGCGAAAAGGAGUCCAUCCGUAUGGAACGCGUGAACACGAAAGAAUAUUCAUGA